CGCGAUCGAUGAUUCGCCGAGAUUUUCGCGACAGCCAACCCGAAGAAAGAUUCACAAAGUGCAGGUGCAGUUUACAGUAACUGGGUUCCCCCACUGGGACGGAGUUUCCUCUGUUUCAUUGGAUGACUCCCAACGACAUCAUUUAUUCGCAUACGCCCACUCCUUCAUACCUUCACACGUUCACACGCACAACACACUCGGCGCUCCAUGCAACACCUGAUUUUUACCUAUUGAAGCAUUGUCAUCGUCAUCUCGCGACCAGAACCUCGGCCUCGCACGCGCGACUACACGCUUGUUCCCCUAACCUCGACUCUUUCUCCUCCUACUCCUCUUUCUCGUACCCCCCCCCUCUCCCAAAUCCCCUCAUCGCCGAGAACCAAUCCGUCCGCCAUUCGCAGUCUCCUCGAUAAGCUGCCUUGCUACCUCUGCGCAAGGCAGAGUUGCUGACCUGUCUACCGAUGCCGGCCGAACCUGAUUCGUUCUGUCGCUCCCGCUUCCUGGGGCGAUAUAUCCCUUAGCAGGGUUAUUGGUGUUGCGGAUGUAGCGAUUGACUCGGCCGACCCUUUGCAUCACACGAGACGCUGUCCGAGAUGGACCGCACACGGAAACAUGAGCUACUAUUGCUCAAUCAGCGCGCGUGGAGUGGGGAGCCCGACAUCUUUCCCGUCGCCCCAUCCCUCGACUCUUCCCUAAAGAAGAACACCGCCUUCAUCAAGCGAUUGCGUACCGCCAUCACGCCUGCAACCCUGAAUACCUUCCUCCAGGAGAUUCGAGCCCUGAGCCUCCUAAAGUAUCUAUCUGAGAUCAUUGCUGCCUGCUAUGACGGGUUGAGCAAGCUCAAGACUGCUGGCGACACCGACGCAGCGAUCGAGAUUGUAAGCGCAUUACACCAGCGGUUUGGCCCUGCCGAUUUCACCGAAUACCUAGGAUGGCUCCUCGGCAAAGGAAUGGCUACCCCGGACAAGAGUCUGCUGAAGACCCUCGCUCCCGAAAUCCGCGAGAAAGAAGAGAAGGAGCGCCUUGUCCGACAACGAUCCCUCUUAAGGGUGAUUACUGAGCUCUGGCUUGUGGGCGUCCUACGGACUCUAGACGACGUCAAGCCGGACGAUGCGACGCGUGGCACCAACGGCAAGAACGCUGAACUCAAGAUCAAGUCGGCCAGUUCCGCAAAGGGGGGCGGGGCGGAGCCCUUCCCUCUCGAAGUGCUCAAGGAUCUCCUAGGCCACGACCGAGAGCAUGUCAACCUACCACUCCUAGUCGUUUUCGUCAAAUCGUUUAGCUGGGACAUUUUAGGGGUUAAGUCUGCUGGAUCGGAGGGCCGGAAGACUGUGGAGGAAGACGGCGCUACGAAGUCUACAUUCGAGGGCUCCGAACAGCCUGACGGGGUAGAAGACGGCACGGACGAUGCCAUCACUCUCGACGACGCCCCGUUCACGAGCCCCGACCUGCAGGAGCGGUUCAGGAAUAUAUUCAAACGGUACUUUGAGGAUGUGAAGGCCCACCUUGUGCGCGACCAGAAGAAUAUCAUUGCUCAGCGUGGCAAAAAUUCGGAGGCGUACGUCAAAUCGGGUGAAGUGUUUGAGGACCGCCAGGCCAAUUUCGAACGACAGCUCAAGGCCCAGGAACGUUUGGUCAGCAACGCUCAGGUCAUAGCCGAUAUAAUCGGUUCCGAAAUGCCAGAUCUCAAGGAAGCCGGAGAUAGCCUUUCGACAACCAACGGAUCUAUCGGCCUGGUUAAGACCGGAGAGUACCUACGCGGCCAAAGCGAAGGCGCCGGUAUCUGGGAAGAUGAGGAGGAGCGUCGUUUUUACGAAAACCUGGUGGAUCUCAAGGGAAAGGUUCCCGGUAUACUCCUAGAGGAUGGCAAGAAGAAGAAAGGCGACUCAGACGAGCAGGUCGGACGAAGGGCAGAUUCGCUUGAGGCCACGGAAGCGCCCAAGCCCGCGGAUGUGAACGACGAUCAAUCCACCUCCAUCGCCAACAAGACGAUCGGGGCGCAGGUGGACGUGCUCUUAGCUCGACUUCCCGAGCUAACACACAAGGAUGCCGUGGACCAAGCAGCCAUCGACUUUUGCUUUCUUAAUUCCAAGGCAUCGCGAAACAGACUCAUCAAGGGGUUGACCGAAGUGCCAAAGGGCCGCACAGAUCUCUUGCCGUUCUGGUCCCGUCUUGUAGCCACCCUCGGACGGUAUAUGCCGGACGUUCCCAAAGGCGUAGUGGAAUAUCUCGACGCAGAGUUCCGCAGCCUCCAACGCCGUAAGGAGAAAGACUUCCUUGGGCAAGUCCGGUUGAGCAACAUUCGAUAUCUUGCGGAACUCACAAAGUUUGGCAUCGUCCCUGAGCAUGUCGUCUUCCAUUGCCUAAAAGUUAGCCUCGACGAUUUCUCUCGGAUGAAUAUCGAGAUCACCUGCAACCUACUAGAGAACUGCGGUAGAUAUCUACUCCGCAACGCCGAUACAUCUCCUCGCAUGGCUACCUUCCUGGAAACGCUCCAGCGCAAGAAAUCCGUGCAGCACAUUGGCCAGCCGGAGCGGAUGCUCAUCGAGAAUGCCGUGUAUUAUGUCGAUCCACCGGAGAGGGCCUCGAUUCAGCAGAAAGAACGGACGCCAACUGAAUUAUUCAUCCACAAGCUAAUCUAUAUUGAUCUGACAAAGCGCAACUACACCAAGAUUCUGAAGCAGAUUCGCCGGCUUCACUGGGAAGAGCCCGAGGUUGUGGAGAUUCUCACGAAGGUGUUUUCGCGACCUGCCAAGGUCAAGUACGGUAGCAUUCACAUUCUCGCCAUCCUACUCAGCGCUAUCUACCGUUACCACCCCGACUUCGCCGUGACCGUGAUUGAUAACGUAGUCGAGUCUGUGAUUUUCGCACUUGAACAGAACGAUUUUAGGUUCAACCAGCGACGUAUCGCAGAAGUCAAGUAUCUCGGCGAACUCUACAAUUACAGGAUGUUGGAGCAUCCUGUGAUCUUUGAUACGAUGUACAAGAUCAUGACAUUUGGCCAUGGCGGUGCGCCUAUCCCCGGCCGACUCAACCCUUUCGACCUGCCCGAUGACUACUUCCGAAUUCGCCUCGUAGCUACGAUGCUCGAGACAUGUGGCAUGUUCUUCAACCGAGGGGCAGCCGGGAAGAAACUGGACUAUUUCCUCUCCUUCCUUCAGUAUUAUAUUCAUACGAAACAACCUCUCCCCAUGGACAUUGAAUUCAUCGUCCAAGACACGUUCUCUCUAACGAGACCGCAGUGGAAACUCGCCACAACGUUGGAGGAAGCUACGAGAGCAUUCCAGCUCGCGGUCGCUCAGGACCAGAAGAACGCUGGCCUAGACAAAGGGCCUGAUCAGGAUGACGGCUCUAGCAGCGAAUCCUCUGACGAUGAGGGCAUCGAAGGCGAUGGAGAUAUCGCUCUCCCCGAGGCGGACGGGGACGACGAUUCGGAACUGGGCGAAGAGGAGGAUGCCGAGGACGUCGAGAACCAGCCGCAAUCGCCUCAAGAUUUUGAGUCGGAAGACGAGGCGAUUGUAGUCACCAGGCAAUCCGAACAAGUUGAUCCGGAGGAUGCAGCAGACUUUGACCGUGAGUUGUCGAAAUUGAUGUCAGAAGGUAUAGAAUCGCGCAAGUUCGAUCGCAGGGCGCUACUCGAUGUGCCGUUGCCCGUCCGACCCAAGACUCGCGACCUGUCUUCAACGACCGAGGCCGAUAACGUGAAUGGCGAGAGUGCUGCUCCCAGCACGAUGGCCUUCUCGCUCUUGACAAAGAAGGGCAACCGUCAACAGACUCGAACCGUCGAACUCCCGUCUGACUCUACCCUCGCUAUCGCCAUGAAGACACAGCAGCAGGCAGAGCGAGAGGAACAGCAACGCAUCAAGAACCUAGUGCUCAACUACGACCUUCGCGAGAUCGAAGAUUUUGAUGGUGGUCACGAGAAACCGUCGUCGUAUCAUGCGAAUCGUUCCGAGAAAUCUGGCAGGGAACGUGGCGGACAACGUGUCCGUAGACUGCAAUUAAGUGACGUUGACUGGUACGGAAGCACCCAACACAACCAGAGCAACGUCGAGCAGAGCAGCCCCAAUCCUAAUGGAUCAUCUGCCGGCUGCGCGUCUGAUGAAAACAUACCUCUGCGUAGUCCAACAGAUAAGCGCGAUAUGCACAAGCGUCAUAUGCCAUCCGUGAAGGCUCGGUCUCGUCGACAGAACGGGCGAGACCGCGGAGAGCGCUAAGGGAAUCCGAGAUAGUUGAGAAGAAAGACUAACCGAAACGGCUAUUUUUACGAGUAUAGGACCUGAGACUUAUCCCAUCGUCGAUCGGAUUGUAUCAUACACUACUCAUUCGAGCAUCGCAACGGAGAGCCUUGACAUCCCCCGAGUAUGCAUCAUGCCCCGCCCAGAAGCCACGAUGUUCGGUGGAAGGGUGUUCCUUGACGCAAAGGACUACUCGAGGUGCGAAUCCCAUAAUCUCAGGCCGAGUUAACGCCAUAGUCUCCGCGCUUGCCACAACGAAGCAGUCGAUAUCAACCACGUUGACAAAAUCCGACUCGGUGACGAUGGAAGGCCGUUCAAGAGGAGGAGGAAACGGGGUGGGUCGGGGUA